AGAAAAAUAGUAGUACUUUCAUCGUUCCGUUAAAUCGACGCAACGGGAAUCCGGUGUUAAACAAAACUAGUGCAAUAAUUAAUUAAAUGUGAUAUUAGAUUAUAGUUUAGAAAAAUGCAACUAAAUGGUGCAAAGUUUUUCAUUGCUGGCCUCGCAGCCAAUUUUGGCAACUAGCACCACAACGCGCGCGCAUCUGUUGGAUGUCUUGUGAAAGCCAAUCAGAAGGUGGAGAACGACGAGGGAGAGGGACAGUGAUUUUAGCUAAAUUUAAUACACGCACAUUAGCAAAAUGCUAAAUUUAGGCAGUGCCAAAGUGGCCGCCCUGGAGGAGUCCCCUCAGCUUUCUACGAACUAUGAAAGCUUCCAGCUGCUGGAACGGGGUUCCCCCGCCGUCCCGCUAGAGCCCCCCUUCUCCACUCCCCUGGCGCCCUUCGAUAUGGAGCUGAUGAAGCGUUCCGGGCUCCACGAACGGCUAGCGCCAAAGGAGAGCAUCUGGGGAAAGGAAACGCAGCGGUUCGUGGAUCAAGAGAGAAUAUCAGCAUCGCGUGAAUCACUCAGUACCGCUGAUAAGAGAGCCAGGUUUGCGGAAAGCAACGCCUCAACCCUACAACUGCCAGACGGUGCCGGGCCCCAGGCCAAUGGCAAGAAGCCCACUGGGAACAGGACCAACCCAUCGAAUCUCUCCACUCCUCUCCUGCCAAUGACUGAGCCGGGCUCGGUGAAGGGCAAUGGAAGCGGCGGCCCCUACGAUGAUCGCGAGUGCAGCUGCCCCAGGGAAUUCUAUCAGCGGGGAGAAAUCAAUGCCUCGCUGUUCUUUGAGGAUUGCAUACGAUCCAUUGAUUUUGUGCUGGCCUACAGGAUUAAUCCCCAUGAACCUACGGAAACGGAGAACACGGAGAAGAGGCGAGUGUUCGAGGCGAAUCUUGCAAACCAGGGUCUGGAGGUGGAGGCCAGCCAGAAGGAUCAAAUCUGCUUUGUAAAGAUCCAUGCUCCUUUGGAGGUUCUACGCCGCUAUGCAGAGAUACUUAAGCUGCGUAUGCCCAUGAAGGAGUCAUUGUGCAAUUUGCGCAUUUUUGAAAGAUCGAAUCGUCUACAAAAUGCGGCUCAAUACCUGUCCAAGAAGAUUCCAGGCAUGUCCGUGGUCAAUCGCUCAACGAAAAGCAUAUUUUCUAGUCUCAAAACCGUUUGCCAAUUCUUCCUGCGUCACAUCUAUGUGGAUGAGAAUGUUUUCCCCAAGAGAGCCCAUCGCUUCACCGCCAUUUACAGUCGCGACAAGGAAUAUCUCUUCGACAUCCGGCAGGACUGCUUCUUUACCACUGCCGUUCGCUCUCGCAUUGUAGAGUUUAUCCUGGACCGUCAACGAUUUCCUGCCAAGAAUCAGCAUGACAUGGCCUUUGGCAUAGAGCGGCUAAUAGCCGAGGGUGUCUAUUGUGCUGCAUAUCCUUUGCAUGAUGGCGAAAUUACAGAGACAGGUACCAUGAGAGCUCUGCUUUACAAACAUUGGGCCUGCGUGCACAAAUGGUAUCGGUAUCAGCCUUUGGAUGACAUCAAAGAAUACUUUGGCGUCAAAAUUGGUCUGUACUUCGCUUGGUUGGGUUACUAUACUUACAUGUUGCUGCUGGCUUCAAUAGUGGGUGUAAUUUGCUUUUUAUACUCCUGGUUCUCCCUUAAGAACUAUGUGCCUGUAAAAGAUAUCUGUCUUCGUAGCAAUACAAAUAUUACUAUGUGCCCGCUUUGUGAUUGGUGCAACUUCUGGGACCUGAAAGAGACCUGUAACUAUGCCAAAGUCACAUACCUCAUCGACAAUCCCAGCACCGUGUUUUUUGCGGUAUUCAUGUCCUUUUGGGCCACCCUGUUCCUGGAGCUGUGGAAGCGUUAUUCAGCUGAGAUCACACAUCGCUGGGAUCUCACAGGCUUCGAUGUGCAUGAGGAGCACCCGAGGCCGCAGUAUUUGGCCCGCUUGGAGCACAUACCGCCGACUAGAGUGGACUAUGUGACGAACAUUAAGGAGCCAACGGUUCCUUUCUGGCGCAUGAAGCUACCGGCUACAGUUUUUAGCUUUUCUGUGGUGCUUUUGCUAAUUGCCUUGGCUUUUGUGGCUCUGCUGGCUGUGGUGGUUUACCGCAUGUCCAUGCUGGCGGCUCUGAAAGUUGGGGCCAGUCCCAUGACCACCUCGAGUGCCAUUGUUUUGGCCACCGCAUCGGCGGCUUUUGUGAAUUUGUGCCUGCUCUACAUACUUAAUUAUAUGUACAAUCAUUUGGCUGAAUAUCUAACGGAGCUGGAAAUGUGGCGCACUCAAACGCAGUUCGAUGACUCGCUUACCCUCAAAAUUUACCUGCUACAGUUUGUCAACUAUUAUGCUUCCAUCUUCUACAUAGCCUUUUUCAAGGGGAAAUUUGUUGGACAUCCUGGGCAGUAUAAUAAACUGUUUGACUAUCGCCAGGAGGAAUGCUCUUCUGGCGGCUGCCUCACCGAGCUGUGCAUCCAACUGGCCAUUAUAAUGGUGGGCAAGCAGGCUUUUAACACCAUCUUAGAGGUUUAUCUGCCCAUGUUUUGGCGUAAGGUUUUGGCCAUUCAAGUGGGUCUAUCGCGUCUAUUUAACAAUACCCCGAAUCCCGAUAAGACGAAAGACGAACGCUGGAUGCGCGAUUUCAAGCUAUUGGAUUGGGGUGCUCGUGGUCUGUUUCCCGAGUACCUGGAGAUGGUCUUGCAGUAUGGAUUUGUGACCAUUUUUGUGGCUGCUUUUCCGCUGGCGCCGUUCUUUGCCCUGUUGAAUAAUAUCCUGGAGAUGCGACUGGAUGCCAAGAAAUUGCUAACCCACCACAAACGUCCUGUGUCGCAGAGAGUUCGGGAUAUUGGCGUGUGGUACAGGAUAUUGGAUUGCAUAGGAAAGCUAAGCGUUAUCACAAAUGGUUUUAUUAUAGCCUUCACUUCGGACAUGAUCCCACGUUUGGUGUAUCGCAAUUACAUUUCUAAGGAUGGCACUCUGAAUGGCUAUUUGGAUUUUACUCUGUCCGAGUUUAAAGUCUCUGAUUCACCCACCUUGAACAGCUUAGCUGGCGAUCUCAGUAACAUUACCACAUGCAGAUACACUGACUUUCGAUUGCCACCCUCAUCACCGGAAAAAUACAAUUUGAGCAGCAUGUUCUACAUUAUAUUGGCCUGCCGUUUGGGUUUUGUGGUGGUCUUCGAGAACUUUGUGGCGCUGGUGAUGAUUCUAGUGCGUUGGUGCAUCCCAGACAUGAGUGUGGAGCUGCGGGAUCAAAUUCGACGAGAAGUCUAUGUUACGAAUGAAAUUAUCAUCGAGCAGGAGGCACAUCGAGCUCGUUUCGAGCGUGCCAAGCGCAGCAGUUCGGUGCUUCAGACUCCUGUGGACCAGGACUUGGAUGCUGCCUCAAUUCAGGAGCCAAAUGCCAAGUUUAUUAAUAUUGAAAAGCUGCUUACUGAGAAUCUCACACAAAUUGAAAUGGAUGCGAUUAUUCACGGCGAGAAUCCAAUAACUGGAAUCUCCGGUGCAGAUUGUUAGGACACAAAAUGCUCACUGACCAUGGAUACAUAAAUCUUUUAGUUUUAAGCUC